UUAUGAGUUGGUCAACAACAUGCCACCACCAGGCAAACACCAUCAUACCAACAAUAUCAACAACAAUAUGAACCAAGCAAGGCAUUAGAAUGGUGGUAGUUGUUUUUCUUUUUUAUGCCCUAUCCCUCGUAGGAGUGAAUGAAAUAGCAUGAUUAUUUGUUAUGUUGGGCUCUUUGUUCUUACACAUUCGAGGCUAGGGUCAGUCUCACUCGUAGCGUUGCGUUACGUUUCGUUGAUUAUGAAUCAGUUGUGAAUUGCCCUCACGCGGGACGACAAACCUGAGUUGUUAAUGUGCGCACGUCAAAUUCCGAAAAAUACAAACGUACGUUCUUCGUUCAUUAGUUAGUUUUUCCGUUAGAAAAGAGACAAUUCUGCGGUAUUUGAAUAGUUUUCGUUGUGUAGCGUUCGAAUGGAUUGAAAAGAAAUUGUAAAAAAUUCCUCGAUUAAUUCAAAUAAAAAUUCUCUUGAAGCGACGGUGUUGAUAUUGUUCGUUAUUUUUGUUAAUGGAAUUACAAUUAAAAUUUUUGUAACUAAAAACUUGUGGAUAUUUUGGUUACAAAAUAAAUAAAGCAAAAAAAGAAAACUUCAAAACAAAAACAUGUGCCAAAAAUAAAGUGUUAAAAUCAAAAACAAGUGCAAAAGUGAAGCACAAAUACAAUCAAGAUAAAACAAAUCAAAUAAAAGUGUCAAUCAAAAAAACCAAAAAAAGCAAUACAAAUCAAAAAUCUAGCCAAGUGAACUCGGGAAUAGUGCAACCCACUCCUGCCUGUCACUUCCAUUAGAAGUUGAAGCCGAAGCCGACAUCGAGCUUUGUCGCCCCCGCUCUUGGUUGUUAGCAAACAUGAUGGACGUAACCAGCAUGUACGGCAAUCAUCAUCCUCAUCACACCAACACCUAUCAUGCCGCUGGGGCAGUGGCGCCCGAUAUGACAUCGGUGGCAGCGGCCGCCGCCAAUGGCUAUACAAAUGCCUAUUUUCCCAAUACCCCGGUAAUGGGUCAUGGCGCCAUGAUGCACCAUCAGCAGCCACCACAUGCCCUGAACAGUAGUUAUAUAUCUUACGAUGGUACCUCACCAAAUUACUAUCAGCAGCAACAGCAACAACAACACCAGCAAACACAGCAAACUCCACCAUUACAUCAUCAUCAACAUGGCCAACCACAUCCGCCCCAAUUAACACCGCCACCCAGCCAACCGUCCGCUGGCCAUCACAGCCAGCCGUUAUAUGCCAGCCAAACACAUUCUCAUCUCUUCAGCCCCACAGCUGCAGAAUAUGGUAUUACCACCUCGAAUACCUUAUCCGCCGCCACACCCACUCAUCCCUCCACCAACAGCCAGUCACCCAGUGAAGCAGUCUACUAUGACACCGACUCGGGGCAUGCCUAUUAUGCCACAGUACCACCGGCCGGUACCAAUUCCCCCAUAACUCCAGCCAAUACCACCGGGGGUCAGGCUACACAAAAUGCCAGCACAGAUCCGCCCAUAAUAAGCUCCGAAAAUGGUCUCAGCUAUACCAAUUUGGAUUGUCUCUAUAAUCAAAAUUCACCCCAUCAACAGGUCAACUAUAUGGCCGCCGAGGAAAAAUAUGCCUCGGUUUUACAUUCCCAAUAUGGUCUGGAUGACGGCCUGAUGCAUAUGAACGCCCAGCAAUCGGCCUCAUCCGGAAAUCAACAGACUUCUCCACAACUAUGGCAUCAUCACCACUCCCAUCAACACAGCAUGGCCAGCGGGUAUGGCCAUGGACUGGAUGCAAAUGGUUUACCCCUCGAUACCUAUCAAAUGCAUCCACAUUUACAUUCACACAAUAUGCCGGGACAACAUCAACAUCUAUCCUCCUCCAGUGCAACACAUCACAAUGUUGUUGUUGCUGGUGGUAUGGUGGCAAAUCAACAGACCGGUCUAAUGCAACAACAUUCAUCGCCCAAUAGCCUGGGAUCUUCGGGUUGUAUGACGGGACCCACUGUCAAUAGUUCACGAUCACAGCAUGUUGUAUCUCCCGGGGGUACAACCACAACAUCAUCGAUUGUAACAAACACCUCUGCCGCCACCUCAUCCUCAUCGUCCUCGUCAUCAUCAGCAACAUCGUCCGCAUCAUCGAAUGGUUCUGUGGGUAAUGCCGCGGCUGGACAAGCCAAGUCACCAAAUCAAACGGGAAAUUUGCCCACAUACAAGUGGAUGCAAUUGAAACGUAAUGUGCCGAAACCACAAGCACCAAAACUACCUGCCACUUUGCAUGAUUAUCAUCACCUGAAUAGCCAGUCGGCACUGGAUGCAAUGUGCCGCAAUGCAGCAGCGGCUGGUGGCAAUGCCGGUCCAGCUGGACUUGUAUUGUCACCACAUCAAAUGGCUGGCCCCCAAUCGCCUGCCGUGCUUCUGAGCGGUAAUCAUAGUCCAAAUAGUUUGGGUAUGGCCUGUAGCCUUGCGGCCACCAAUAAUUCUGGCCGUACGAAUUUCACCAACAAACAGCUAACCGAACUGGAAAAAGAAUUUCAUUUUAAUCGUUAUCUGACGAGGGCGCGACGCAUUGAAAUUGCCAAUACGCUGCAGUUGAACGAAACUCAGGUUAAAAUCUGGUUUCAAAAUCGUCGCAUGAAACAAAAGAAACGUGUCAAGGAGGGUCUAAUACCAGCCGAUAUUAUGGCUCAGCACACUGUGUCGACUACCACCACUUCGCCACCUGCUAAUAACAGCGGCAACAACAACAACAACAAUGCACCGAAUUCAGCCUGCUCCACACCGAAUAGUAUUAUCAAUUCAGCUAAAAGUAAUAUUAACGUUAACAACAGCAACAAUAACAUGAACAGUAAAUGUACUGGCAGCAAUGUUAAUAACAUGAAAAAUAAUCCACCCAUAACAGCGGCUGGUAAUAACAGUGUUCCAUUAACCGAAUGUCAACUAGCAAUGCAACAUAACAGUGACAAUAGUAGAGAAUCGAUGUAAACGGAAAUGCCUGAUGGAAGGGGAAUGAAUCCCAUAUGCCAUACCUUGCCAAAUGACAAAUGUUAAAAAUUAUUUGUUGUGUUUUUUUGUUUGAAGAGAGAAAAAAAAAACAAAAUAAACAUUUCUGCAUUGAUUUUGUUUUGCUCAUUUGGCUGUGAUAUAAAUAAAAAAACAAAAAUAAAAUAGCACUACAAAAAAGAAUUAAAUAAAUUGGACUAACAAGUAUUUGUUUAACCUAUAAUCAAAUAAACCCACACACAAAACAGCAAAUAUCAAAUUUUGUAUAUAGAGGACAACAAUUAUUAUUCUUAAGACUUUAUUAUAGAAUUGUGUAUUAGUGCAAAAUAUGAAACAAAAAUAAAUUAAUUUAACAUUUUACUAAUAGUAACAAUAAUAAUUAAAAUAAUCAUGUCUAACAACAAAACAACAACUCAGGGUUCUCCUUAUACUGCAUAUUUAUAAAUAUCUGAUAAUAAUUAAGAAAAUAUUGGAAACAAAUAUAAUACUUAAAUUGUAUAUUUUUUAAUUUUCUUGGAAUAUAUAUUUUUUUGACAUAUCUAUAACAAUAACACAUGGCUGAAAUUUUCAUGGCUUACCAAGAUUUCUUAUUUAGGAAAUAAUAAUAGUCAUACUCUUUAUAAAUCUUAUGUUCAUUGGUGACCUACUUUUAUGAACGAUUUUUUCGAUCUGAAACAAUUCCAAAUACUAUUUUAAAAAACGUAACUAAAAAUCAAAUAUUGGCAGGGAAAAAAUAAAAAAAUUGUAGAAUACAUGUCCACACUCAAUAUAUUUCAAAUUUAAGAAAAAUAUUUAAAGGUUCAGGGUCUUAUUUGUGUUGACUUUUAAUUUACAGGAUGAGAUAAAAAAAACUGUAAUCAACUUCAAACUGCUGUCAUUUCUAAACCACUCGUCCGACAGCUUUUAGAAUUAUUCCAGUGAAAGCUCAUUAUAUUAUUUACAAGCGUACAAAAGCAUUUUGGUUUUCCAGAAAAAAAAUAUUCGUGAUAGUAUUCAAGCGUUACAGUGUGAUUUCUUUACAUUUGGUUGGAAAACCACAAGUGACUAUCGUUAGAGCACUCCAGCAUUUAGAAGAGAAUUUGUGUCUCGUACCAUCGCUCGUUACCGUGACACUGGUAGGGUAGCCCGACGUGAAGGAAGUGGACGGAAGAAAACAGCAACAUCGGCAGAAAUGGUUCGAAAAGUUAAGAAGCGACUUGAUCGAAACCCGCGUCGCUGUGGCCGAAAAAAUGGCUCGUGAGCUGAACAUAUCGCAAUAUUUCAUUCGGCAAAUAUUGAAAAAUGAGCUCAGGGUAAAGCCAUUGAAAUUAAAAAAAUACAAGAAUAUACACAGCAACAGAAAGAAAAUAGACUCAAAAGAGCUAAAGAGUUGCUUCGCUUGGCCGACAGUGAAGAACUGUCAAAUUUGGUUUUCUCCGAUGAGAAAACAUUCGUUGUCCAGAAGUUUGUCAGCUGAAAAUGUGCAGCUUCGGUUGGCCACCAGAACUCAAGCGACGGCCAUGGUGAUGGUGUGGGCCGCCAUAACAGCCGAUGGUCGCCCUCCGCUCGUAUCAAUCGACCGUGGCCUCAUAAUAAAUUCCGAAUAUUAUCGCGAAAAUAUUCUGGAGGGUGUAUUAACGCCUUGGGCACGCAAACAUUUUGACCGCAGACCUUGGCCAUUCCAACAGCACUCAGCACCAUCGCACUCAGCACGCGCCAUCCAGCGCACAAUGGCCACCAAAAUCUCCGGAUACCAAUCCGUUGGACUUUUGUGUCUGGAGUAGUUUGGAAAGCAAGGUUGGCACUAAAAAAUACCAAAGUGCGCUACGCCGGGAAUGGGCCAAAAUACCGCAGUGACGGUUUCAUUGGGUGUAUGAAGGUCAUAAUUCGUGCCAAAGAUGACCAUUCAAACAAAUCUAAACGUAUUCUAAAAUUUAAUGAUCUUUCCGACAUUUUGUGCUUUCAUUCAAUAAAAUUUAAAAAACAUGUAAAAAUUAUGGCGUUUUUUAUCUCACCCUGUAUAAUAACCUUUGAGUUAUGGAUUAUAAUAACCUAAGAAUAUGUUUUGGAGAAUGAUUUUUGAAAUUGAAUAAAUUUUGAUGGACCAAAUUCUGAAGUCAUUUUUUCCUAUAUUACAAAAUUUGUUUUUGACAUAACAAGAUUUUUUUCACUACAAAUUUUCUUUACCCCAUAAACUUUUCAGCCAAUGUGUUAAGUUCUUAUUUCACAAUUUAAUAUAAACAUGUAAAUCAUACCUUUCGUUUGUAUUAACUUUCAUUAUUUUAUUUUUUGUUUUAUUUAUAAAUAUUUAAUAUUUGUAUAUACUUAAUAAUUAAGAUAAACACAUGAAAAAUAUAAUAACACAAAUUCUCACAUUAAUUGAAAAAUAUUGAAAACAAAUCAUAAAUUAAGCCAAUUUUCUCGUUACACCAUCAAUAGUAUUUAAGCGUUUUUAUUUAAAUACGACAACAACAACGUACGUAUACAUAUUUUUAAAAUAGCACAAAAUAAAUAUUUUAGAAGUUAUAAAGAAGAAAAAAAAUAGAAAAAAACACAAACAAACGAUUACAAAAACUAGUCCUUAUUGAUAAUUAGUAUGAAAAUAUUAUCAAUUGUAAAUUUCUCCACACAAAAAUUGGAAUAAAGAUUAUUGUUUAAAAAUAAA